AUGGGAUUCAGAAGGGCUCAGACCAUGGCCUUUGCUGUUGAUGAGAUUAACAGAAACCCCAACCUGCUGCAUAAUGUGACUCUGGGAUACAGUCUGUAUGAUAACUGCAUCCACGUAAAGUUGGCUUUACAAGCUGCACUGUCCUUGGCAAAUGGUCAGGAGAAAAAUGUAAAGUUAGAGAGAACCUGUGAAGGAACUCCUUCAGUCCUAGGAAUUGUGGGUGAUCCUUCCUCUACACGAUCUAUUGCCAUCUCCAGGGUCUUAGGUUUAUACAGAGUACCACUGGUGCGUGCUAUGAUUCAGAUUCUAAAACACUUUGGUUGGACUUGGGCAGGUCUGCUCAUCAGUGAUGAUGACUAUGGGGUCCAUGCAGCCCGAUCCUUUCAGUCUGAUCUAGGUCCAAUUGCUGGAGGAUGUCUGGCUUAUACAGAGAUUUUGCCAUGGACAAAUGAUCGUACUGAACUGAAGAGAAUAGUUAAUGUGAUGAGGAAAUCAACAGCUCGUGUGGUCAUUGUGUUUGCACAUCAGUCACACAUGCUCAAUCUCAUGGAAGAGGUGAUAAGGCAGAAUGUGACAGGCCUGCAGUGGAUGGCCAGUGAAGCCUGGACAUCAGCUGCUGUGCUACAAGCGCCUCACCUCAUGCCAUACCUGGGUGGAACCCUAGGCAUUGCCAUCCGUCGAGGAGAAAUCCCUGGUCUCAAGAAUUUCCUAUUACAAAUACGUCCUGAUUUAAAAUAUAAUAACAGUAAUGGAAACAACUUGUGCAGAUUUUCACCAACUCCAGCAGGUUGGAUAGAAGAUGGAGGAGCAUUAUGCACUGGACAGGAGGUAUUAGAGGAUGAAGUAGCUGAGGAAUUCUUGGAUGUUUCAGACCUCAGACCAGAGUAUAAUGUGUAUAAGGCAGUGUAUGCUCUGGCACAUGCUCUUGAUGACAUGCUGCAGUGUGAACCAGGAAGAGGACCUUUCAGUGGAGACACCUGUGCUCAAUUACAAAGACUGGAACCAUGGCAGCUUGUUUAUUACUUGGAAAAAGUCAACUUCACCACACAAUUUGGUGAUCACGUGUCAUUUGAUGAGAAUGGUGACGCCUUACCAAUAUAUGACAUCAUGAAUUGGUCUUGGCUGCCUGAUGGAAGCACUGAAGUUCAAAAUGUGGGUGAGGUGAAAAGGUCAACCGUCAAAGGUGAAGAACUCACUCUUGAUGAAGAAAAAAUCUUCUGGAAUUUUGAUCCUAAAAAGCCUCCUCGGUCAGUUUGUAGUGACAGCUGUCCUCCAGGUACCCGUGUGGCCCGGAGAAAAGGUCAACCUGAGUGUUGUUUUGACUGUGUUCCUUGUUCUGGAGGAAAGAUCAGCAAUGCAACCACUGCACUGUCCUUGGCAAAUGGUCAGGAGAAAAAUGUAAAGUUAGAGAGAACCUGUGAAGGAACUCCUUCAGUCCUAGGAAUUGUAGGUGAUUCCUCUUCUACACACACUAUUACCAUCUCCAGGAUCUUAGGUUUGUACAGAGUACCACUGGUAAGUUUACUCAUUAUGUGCAUAUACCAAUUUACUGUGACUGAUAACGUUUUGAGCUUAAAACAAUUUAGCAAUUAUUUUCCUGUCUUUAUGAUGCUCAGGUAUGAUUCUUUUUUACAGGUGAGUUAUUUUGCAACGUGUUCCUGUCUUAGUGACAGACAGACGUUUCCAUCUUUUUUCAGGACAAUUCCAAGUGACUCAUUUCAGGUGCGUGCUAUGAUUCAGAUUCUAAAACACUUUGGUUGGACUUGGGCAGGUCUGCUAAUCAGUGGUGAUGACUAUGGAGUCCAUGCAGCCCGAUCCUUUCAGUCUGAUCUAGGUCCAAUUGCUGGAGGAUGUCUGGCUUAUACAGAGAUUUUGCCAUGGACAAAUGAUCGUACUGAACUGAAGAGAAUAGUUAAUGUGAUGAGGAAAUCAACAGCACGUGUGGUCAUUGUGUUUGCACAUCAGCCUCAUAUGCUCAAUCUCAUGGAAGAGGUGGUAAGGCAGAAUGUGACAGGCCUGCAGUGGAUGGCCAGUGAAGGCGGGACAUCAGCUGCUGUGCUACAAGCGCCUCACCUCAUGCCAUACCUGGGUGGAACCCUAGGCAUUGCCAUCCGUCGAGGAGAAAUCCCCGGUCUCAAGAAUUUUCUGUUAAAAAUACGCCCUGAUCUAAAAUAUAAUAACAGCAAUGGAAACAACUUGGUGAAUCAAUUUUGGGAACACACAUUCCAGUGCAGAUUUUCACCAACUCCAGCAGGUUGGAUAGAAGAUGGAGGAGCAUUAUGCACUGGACAGGAGGUAUUAGAGGAUGAAGUAGCUGAGGAAUUCUUGGAUGUUUCAGACCUCAGACCAGAGUAUAAUGUGUAUAAGGCAGUGUAUGCUCUGGCACAUGCUCUUGAUGACAUGCUGCAGUGUGAGCCAGGAAGAGGACCUUUCAGUGGAGACACCUGUGCUCAUUUACAAAGACUAGAACCAUGGCAGCUUGUGCACUAUUUGGAAAACAUCAACUUCACCACAUCAUUUGGUGAUCAAGUGUCAUUUGAUGAAAAUGGUGAUGCCUUACCAAUAUAUGACAUCAUGAACUGGUCUUGGCUGCCUGAUGGAAGCAGUAAAGUUCAAAAUGUGGGUGAGGUGAAAAGGUCAACCUUCAAAGGUGAAGAACUCACUCUUGAUGAAGAAAAAAUCUUCUGGAAUUUUCAUCCUAAAAAGCCUCCUCGGUCAGUUUGUAGUGACAGCUGUCCUCCAGGUACCCGCAUUGCCCGGAGAAAAGGGCAACCUGACUGUUGUUUUGACUGUGUACCUUGUUCUGGGGGAAAGAUCAGCAAUGCAACCAAUUCCAUGGAGUGCAUCAGUUGUCCAGAAGAUUUCUGGUCCAACAUCCAGAAUGACCACUGUGUUCCUAAGAAAACAGAGUUCCUCUCCUAUCAUGAGCCUCUUGGUAUCUGUUUGACAGUUACCUCUGUACUCGGCUCAUUCAUUUGUCUAGUUGUGUUGUGCAUUUUUGUUCAUUAUCGCAGCACACCUAUCGUUCGUGCUAACAACUCUGAACUUAGUUUUCAGCUGUUGAUGUCACUCAAGCUGUGUUUCCUUUGCUCGUUGCUCUUCAUUGGACCACCCAGAUUAUGGACAUGCCAACUUAGACAUGCAGCAUUUGGCAUCAGCUUUGUGCUUUGUAUCUCAUGUAUCCUGGUAAAGACUAUGGUGGUUCUGGCUGUAUUCAGAGCCUCUAAACCUGGAGGUGAAGCCAGUAUGAAGUGGUUUGGUGCUGCUCAGCAGAGAGGAACAGUUCUUGUUCUGACCUCAGUACAAGCAGCAAUCUGCACUGUUUGGCUUGUCUCUGCUUCACCAGCUCCUCACAAAAACACCCAGUAUCACAGUGACAAGAUAGUGUAUGAAUGUGCCAUUGGCUCCACUGUUGGUUUUGGAAUCUUACUUGGUUAUAUUGGUUUAUUAGCCAUUCUUAGUUUUGUGUUAGCUUUUUUGGCAAGAAAUCUUCCAGACAGUUUCAACGAGGCCUCUCCAGGCAAAUAUGCAGAUGCCGUGGAGGUGUUUGCCAUCCUGGCCUCUAGUUUUGGACUUUUAGUAGCACUGUUUGGACCCAAAUGUUAUAUAAUCCUGGUUAGACCAGAGAGAAACACAAAGAAAGCCAUUAUGGGCCGUGGUGCUUAAAACUGUCUGUAUCAGCAUGACCCUUUUGAUGCUUAACUCAUCACUUAAAAAAAUAUUCUUUACAAAUUAAUUUCUCAAAAGCAAGGAUAUUAUCAAUCUGUACAAAACAUUUUUACACAUCUGUUCCAAGUUAACAGAAUUGUAUUUAUGUCAUUAUUUUAUUAUAUGAGGAUACUUUUUGUCAAUCACAACAUGACCAUAAAUUCUACUGUUUUUGAAUGCUUGCUUUUAUUUUUA